CCAUCGCCGAGCCGGAAACACGGCUCGGUCGUUUUUUUUUUUCUCGGCAGCACUCGAGCGGAAAGCUCCGCGAUGGCCGGCGCGACGGGGAGGGCGGCCGCGCUGUGCUCCGAGCGGUUCGGCUCCGGGACGGCGCGGGGCUGCGGCGCAGCGGCGGACGGCAGCCUGCGGUGGGAGGCGGAGGCCGCGUCGUGGUGGCGCAUCUCCCAGGCCUUCCCCGCGAAGCCCGACGGGCGCGGCGCAGGGGCGUCCGCGGCGGCCGCGCCGCUCUCGGGCCUCAAGGCCGUCUUGCUGCCGCAAGGCUUCCCCGACAGCGUCAGCGCGGACUACCUGCCGUACCAGCUGUGGGACUCGGUGCAGGCCUUCGCUUCCAGCCUCUCCGGCGCCCUGGCCACCCACGCGGUCAUGCUGGGCUUGGGGGUGGGGAACGCAGACGCCUCCCUGGCAGCCGCCACGGCCACCUGGCUUGUGAAAGAUUCAACUGGCAUGCUGGGCCGCAUCAUCUUUGCGUGGUGGAAAGGGAGCAAACUGGACUGUAAUGCAAAGCAGUGGAGACUUUUUGCUGACAUCCUCAAUGAUGCAGCCAUGUUCCUAGAGAUUGUGGCUCCUGCCCUGCCAUUCUGCUUCACUGUGACCAUCAGCAUCAGCAACUUGGCCAAGUGCAUUGUGAGUGUGGCCGGCGGGGCCACUCGGGCUGCACUGACUGUGCACCAGGCCCGGAGAAACAACAUGGCUGAUGUGGCAGCCAAGGACGGCAGCCAGGAGACAUUGGUGAACCUCGCCGGGCUCUUGGUCAGCCUCGUGAUGCUUCCUCUGGUGUCUGGCAGCCCGAGCUUCAGCCUUGGGUGUUUCUUCCUCCUCACUGCCCUCCACAUCUAUGCCAACUACCGGGCAGUCCAUGCGCUCGUCAUGGAGACCCUGAAUGAGAACCGGCUCCAGCUGCUCUUGAGGCACUUUCUGCAAAAGGGAGAGAUCCUGGACACCACUUCAGCCAAUCGGAUGGAGCCGCUCUGGACAGGGUUUUGGCCAUCUUUGUCUCUGUCGCUAGGGGUUCCUUUACAUCGUGUGAUCUCCAGUGUCUCAGAGCUGCAGCAGCUGGUUGAGGGGCACCAAGAACUCUAUCUCCUCUGUUGGAACCAGUCUCGAAACCAGGUGCAGGUGGUUUUGAGUGAGAUGGCAGGCCCUGAGGCUGUCCUAAAGGCUGCCACCCACGGGCUGCUACUUGGAGCCCUGCAGGAAGAUGGGCCUCUUCCAUGCGAACUGGAGGAACUGAGGAACCGGUUGCGGGCGGGUCCUGAGGAGGACAGCGGGGCCAUCGUCAGGGAGACCUAUCGGGUGCUGGACAAGCUGUUCCCACCCUUUUUGGAAGGACUGCAGGCUACUGGCUGGCAGACAGAGAAGCACCAGCUCGAGGUGGAUGAGUGGAGAGCCACGUGGCUGCUGUCUCCGGAGAAAAAGGACUUAUGAGGGGCCCAGGGGGGCCCA